AUGCCCGGACAGCCGAAAAGCCUGGUGAAUGACCGCUUCGAAGACGAAGGUGACGUCUCGAUUGAGUACGGAGCAAAAUGGCAGAGACUGCAACGUCUGAUCAUGUACGGCAUAUUGCAGAUGCAUCCGACCAUGUUUGAUGCACUCGAAAACACUGCGCGAACGGUGGGAAGUAGAAAAGAGGCUGAUGUAGGGAUGCAGAGAUAUAGAUCGUCGCCGUUGGGAACUUUUUCCAGCUGCCUCCUGGAUCUGCGGAUGUUGCGGCUCCAGACUACGCCUUCAGCCAUACUCUAUGGAGUGCCACUUUUUCCGGCCAACUGGAUGGAGAUUUCUCAGGGGACUCUUGCAAACCAAGUUCGAACUUGUGGACAUGCUGGGUCGGCCGCGAACAGAAAGGCUGCCUGCAAAGGGCAAGAGGUUUAUAGGCUUGCUGGGUGGUCCUAUACCGACCAGGUGCGUGGAAUUGUGUUGAGCUCAAGUGCAGGCGAGAGCGUCGAUCCUGACCGGCCUCAAACACUCUCAGGGAACUUAGUUUGCUCCAAGGCUCGAGAUAAGGCAGACGUAGCCGAAGGUACGAAUGUCUCGCGCGUAAAUUGCAGGAGCUGGCUCAAGGCGUACGUGACAGGAUCGCUCUGA